CGUCACUGGGGGAGGAUAUAAUUGAUGGAAUAAUUUUAAAUAUUCAUCGGAUUGCAUCGGACCUCAGCUACCUUAUUUAAAGCAAUUCUGCAAGUCCUCGGCCAUUAAGCUGUAAGAUACCAUCAAGAGGAUCGCCAGGAAAUAUAUAAAAAUGCUAUUAACUAAACCGUUAUUUCUUUCAGUGACAAUGGUAAAACGUCAACAUUUGAUAAACAUAGUGUUUUACAUGGUAGCAAACAUGCUGGUGCAAUCCAGUCUGGGACAUUCUCAUUGUGAUAAGAGAUGUGAAAAUCAAGAAGUUUCUGCAUUACGGUCAACCUGGCGAGACCUGGGGAGUCAAGAUGUUCCAUUUGAAAUGUUCGUGCGCAAUUUACUACAUGAACUACAGCAAUUCAAAGAACUUGAAAUGGCAAGAACUGCUCUACUGGCAUUAAUAGAAGAGUAUAAUGACUGUAUGAGGACUUGUGAAGUUCCGCACAGUAAACGAAAUAUUAUGUCAUCACCGAAAUCGUUAAAAUUGGCCAAGGUUAUUGAAAUGAUUGCAACCAACUACGAGAGAAAGGUUAAAGAGCCACAGACGGUAGGCUUCAGCAAAUGACAUGCAUCCAUGUAGCUCCUUAUAUUGUAUGAUUCAAGGAGGAAAGUGAAACAUGACAAUGGCUCCUAUCACUGCGGACAGGACACUGUUAUUCACAAUGAUGCAUCAAAUAAACGAACAGCGUUAUACGCUGAGAUAGAGACUGCACUGGACAUUGAUAUUAGAGGCGACUAGAGUAGUUCUAUACGACACACAUGAUCUCAGGCGCAUUCAUAAGUAGAU